AUGGACCUUGGUGCAAUCGAAAAACUCAAGAACCUCUUGUCGUGGACUUUCAAGAUUCGUCUCCGUCUUUUACGGAGAUCCGACGUCGACAGUCUCUGUAAAUUCAUAUAUGUUUAUCUGCCUUCAUCACUAAGUUUGUUCAUAUCUAUCUAUCUAUCUAUCUAUCUAUCUAUCUAUCUAUCUAUCUCAGAUUAUUUAUGUCCCUUCUUAAAUCCUGUAUAUUUUGUUACUUAUCAUCACUCGCGUCCUUUCUUUAACAAUAAACAUUAUUGUUUUUUUAUCUAUCUAUCUAUCUAUCUAUCUAUCUAUCUAUCUAUGUUGAUGCCUGUUCAUUUGACUCUUUCUACCACAGCUGCUUUCUUCUCAUUCUCUGUAUAUCUAUCAUUCUAUCUCUCCAUAUUUAUUCAGAUCUGGGAAUUCUCUCUCUUUAGCCGCGGCCGCCAAGGGAUCAAAGACGAUGAGUUGCCGAUCGCUACCUCGCUUCCUGAACUGACAACACACUUUUUCUUACCGACGAAGGCGUUACCAGAACAAACCAUUAAAUAUUAUGUAAAGGGAUUACCGUUCUUGUUAAUUUUCUACUUGAAAUUGCUGACGCUUACAGCGACCCUUAAUCCUUCCUUAUAA